CUCUCUCUGGCUCUCUAGCCAAUCAAAGCUAUUGUGCUAGAGUUUAUGAUUGGGUUGAAAGAUAGAAUUCUCGGCAAGUGGCAUUCGGUCCCGUGUGGAACCAGCACCGUUGAAGUCACAUCUCCACCGGCCAAAGCAUACUCCCGCGCAAUCGCUUAAUUGCUAAGCUUCGCUGUCAUGGUGAAACUAAACCACUGUAAUCUCCAUGGUUCUUCGCAAUUCAAACCGCCACGCGUCCUAGCUUGACCAUUAUGUUCAAAUCUUAGCCGUCGGGUUUAUUUGUUAGAGAGAUCAUAGCCCCAAUUGGCUUAUUCGAAAAUUCUGUUUCUGUCAACCGUUGAAAUGCGAAGAAUCACUCUCCCAUUCUCCAAUUUGAAAAGCUGAUUCCCCUUUUCCAUCUCUUUCUCCUCUGCAAUCUGUAAUAUUCUGUACACAAGGUUGCAAUUGCGCAAUCGAAUUAAAUGUUCUCUGUAAGCUUUUUCAAAUUGUAUGGAGGCAACUGCGUGAUUCCAAUUGAGUGGACUUUGCAUAACUUUUCAUUUUUUGUAUUUAAAGAUCAAAGGGCGCAAGAACGCCUCCACGCUGCGAUCAGUACCUUCUUAGCUUUGGCGCUUUGGACUUGGUACAGCAGGGUAUUUCUUUGGUGUCCAAACAUAUACGAUCCAGCGUCAAAUUGUCAGAUAAAUGGGAUUUGCUGAAAAUAACAAGCAGACUGAUAUUGGUGGAGCUGUGCAGAAUGGAAGAGAAAUAAUUUUGCAGGCUUUUAAUUGGGAAUCUCACAAGCAUGACUGGUGGAGAAAUUUAGAGAGGAAAGUUCCUGACAUUGCAAAAUCUGGGUUUACUUCAGCAUGGUUGCCACCUUCUAGUCAGUCCUUUGCACCUGAAGGUUACCUUCCACAGAACCUUUAUUCUCUAAACUCUUCAUAUGGUUCUGAGCACCUGCUGAGGGCUUUAAUUCAAAAAAUGAAGCAGUCGAAUGUCAGAGCAAUGGCAGACAUUGUUAUCAAUCACCGUGUUGGGACUACACAAGGGCAUGGAGGAAUGUAUAACCGUUAUGAUGGGAUUCCAUUAUCAUGGGAUGAGCGUGCUGUUACAUCGUGUACUGGUGGACUGGGUAACCGCAGCACUGGGGAUAACUUCCAUGGGGUUCCAAACAUUGAUCAUAGCCAGCAUUUUGUUCGAAAAGAUAUUACAGCAUGGCUGCAGUGGCUCCGAAAUAACGUUGGCUUUCAAGAUUUCCGUUUUGACUUUGCAAGGGGUUACUCACCCAAGUAUGUAAAAGAAUACAUUGAAGGAGCAAAACCAAUAUUUUCUGUUGGGGAGUAUUGGGAUUCUUGCAACUACAGCGGCUCGUAUUUGGAGUACAACCAAGAUAGCCACAGACAACGGAUUAUCAAUUGGAUUGAUGGCACAGGACAGCUAUCAACUGCAUUUGACUUCACUACGAAGGGAAUUCUUCAGGAAGCUGUUAAGGGUCAAUUCUGGCGUCUGCGUGACUCUCAAGGGAAGCCACCAGGUGUAAUUGGAUGGUGGCCUUCAAGGGCUGUCACAUUCAUUGAUAACCAUGAUACGGGUUCAACACAGGGUCACUGGCCUUUCCCUUCAAAUCAUAUUAUGGAGGGUUAUGCAUACAUACUCACACAUCCUGGAAUUCCAACAGUUUUCUAUGACCAUUUCUUUGACUGGGGUAACUCCAUCCAUGACCAAAUUGUGAAACUGAUUGACGUUAGAAAGCGCCAAGACAUCAAUAGUCGAUCAUCUAUCAGGAUUCUUGAAGCCCAGCCAAAUCUCUAUUCUGCAAUUAUUGGGGAGAAGAUAUGCAUGAAAAUUGGGGAUGGUUCCUGGUGCCCAGCUGGCAAGGAAUGGACACUGGCAACCUCCGGCCAUAGAUAUGCUGUGUGGCAAAAAUGAUGCUCUUCAUAAUUGGUCCCCCAUUGUUGCUAAUCUAUUCCUGGGAAGUUUGGUAGAGAUGAUGUCCUAUAUGUACGAAGUAGAAUAAUAUAGCUAUCUAUUGCAUGAAUAAUCUUGGUCCAAGAUCACAAAUUUGUCUAUUUUAUAGCCACUAGGUCAGGACCUGAGAGGCUCACUUGGGAGUUUCAUGUCUCCUUACUAGAAACUUCUAGCAAUUCUCAUGACAAAAUCCUAGAGGCUCCAGUGUAGUAAUCCUAGUGCCCUGCCUGCCUGCCGGGCACGUGACAUGUGGUUUUGGACACGUCAACUUAAUAUACAAGAUAUCUUCUCUCUU